AUGGCGGCGCUCGUCCGAGCACGCCUCACGAAGUUUACGUCAGAUGCCUUAACGAAUCUAAAACCAGAAACAUGGUUUUGGUGCGAUUCUACUAUAACGCUGGCCUGGAUCAACAGUUCACCGAGCAAAUGGAAGCCUUUUGUCUGCAACAGAGUGCGGGAGAUACAGUCUCUCAUGGAUCCCAAGAAAUGGUCACAUUGCCCUGGCACACAGAAUCCCGCCGACUUGCUAACUCGCAGGACAAUGGUCAACAACAUAUCUCACAGUGAUCUAUGGCACAAGGGUCCGGAAUGGCUAGCGUCAACGCAACUCCAAUGUUCGCCUGACACUCACCAAGCGUACGAUGAAGAGUCAGAUGCGAUUUAUGAAACAGGAGAGGAGGAGCAACGUUGCACCAAAUCAGUGGCUGUGCACCUAGUUCCUGAGAAGGCGUCACCCCUUCUGGAAAUCGAACGAAUCAGCUGGCUACAAAGGCUCCUCUGUAUUAUCGCAUGGAUUCGAAGAUUUACAUGGAUCUGCCGCAACGCAGCCAGCGACAGGAAAGGAGGCCCUUUGGACACAUCUGAGCUACACGAGGCCGAGGAGUACUGGAUAAAACAAGCACAGCAUGAUGCGUAUUUUGAAGAGAUUGAUCAACUCCGUGAAAAUAAGAAACCGUCGAACCAGUCCAAAACCCACGUACUUCGAUUGCGACUGGAUGCGAAGGGUUUCCUGCGACUCGAAGGAAGGCUGCACUUUGCGUCAGAGGCAGAAGGUACAAAACAUCCUAUUCUGCUUCCAAAAGAACAUCCUUUGACGAAGCUAAUUGUUCGAGCUGCUCAUCAUAGAGUGCUUCACGGAGGUGUGCAGGACACGCUAACUGAAAUCAGAGAGACAUUUUGA